ACAGUGCAGUGUGGACAUUCGCCAAACUCAUGCGCAGUAACGUCAUCCGGGUGUAAUUUGCAAAUUUUUGUAUCAAUAAAAACAAUUACAUCCACGAACAUAAGAACAAGCUGUGUAGUUUUCAAGUGUUCGCAUAGUGUUGGAUUGCGGUGAAAGUAAAGUGCUUGACACACCUCGGUGAUAAAGUUGUUUUUUAUAAACUAUUUGACUCUUGGAAAUCCAGCUUCUACGUCAAACGAGUACUGCUCCUGAGCCGGAUGCGACAUAUGGGUACAGUCGCCAAAUAACGUCCCGGAGUUACGUCAGUCGGAUUUUUUUCGAAGAUUUAAAAAAAUACAAAAGUGGCCAAGAUGCCAGAAAACCUAGAAGCGCCAUAGGUAUAUCAAUUAUGGGAAGUCCUAAGGUGUCAAACGUCCAACCACAUUUACCAAUGGCCGAAGACAAGAAGUCAAUAAAGAACAUUCUCAUAAAACCAUUUCAGGCUCUAUUUCAGAAAGACAAACAGAAAAAGGAAAAACUAAAGAAGAAAGAAGUCGAAAAUGAAACAAUGAAACCAGUCGAGGAGACCACACCAAUAGCGACUCUCCUUGAAAAAUUCGACAAAUUAGAACUACAGAACAUUCAGAUUCAACAUUCAACAGAAGUAGUUAAAAAAGAAGAAAAUGAAUUCGAUAACUUCGAAUACAAAAUUAUAGACGUUGAUAACAGAUCAACGAGGAUAGAUUCGCAUUCGUCUGAAGACAGCGGGUAUGCGGAAAAAAUUUCAAUACUAAACGAUUCAGAUGAUGAAAAAUCUGAACAGAAACUGAUAGAUUCAUUGAAGAAUCUAAAAGUUGAUUCCGAUAAGAAGGUAAAAGAAGGUGACAAGAGGAAAAAGAAGCUGCAGACGGUUCGGGUAUCGAGAGGACCGAUUAGGAAGAAGGCGACUGGUUUCGGAACUUCUAUUCACCCAUAUGGCCAAGAAAAUGCGGACACUGUUUGCAGACAGAUAAACCAAGUAAACAAACAAACAUUUUCUGGCGGACAAGUUAUUGUGAAUACCAACGUAAGAAACGAAAAUUGUUUGGAAAUAGACCUCGCUCUCAAACAAAUCGAGAUGAACGUCAGAAAUUUCGCCCAAAACUCGCAACAGGAACAAGUGGACCGUUGGCAAAUCGCUCAAGAGUUCGUCACGGAAAGUUCUAGAAACGUCGACGAUAUUUUAUCAGAGUUUCUCCGACAGGAUGACCAAAACGAUAAUCGCAAUCAAAUCACGAGUGCUUCAACCAUGAAAAGCCCCACCUCGAAUCCAGUCGAGAAAUUUUCAACACCAACCCUCAGACGAGAUUACGACAUUGAUCGUUCGAUAAUCGGUGGCGGUGAAUUGGGGAAGCCGUCGAUAUACCCAACUCCACCACGUUCAGUGAACAUGCCCAGCCCCAUGUCCGAUUCUCGCUCUUCUUUUAACCCCAUCCACUCGGAUUACACUUUUUCACCAGAAACGUCGUCACUAAUAUCGAACAGCGAUUACGAAAAAUACCAAGAUAUAACACCAUUCGACGAGUACCCGAGCUGUAUCAUAGAUAAUACAGAAUCAGAUAAGAAAAAGAAGAGGACUCCAACAUCCACCAUGACAAUGAAACAGUUUAAAGAUUUACAAAAGGAGAUAGCGAAUAAUUAUUCAAAAAUGGAAUGCUGUCAAACUAAUAGGAGGCCUUGCAGAGCAAUAUUUAUGGAAUAUUUAGAUAAGUUAGACAUACAGGAGAGGAAGAGCAAUUGUCAAAAUAUUGUAAACUUGAGUUUAGAGAACUGUUACGGAGUACUUCAUCAUGUUUUACUAAAUUUAUCCAACAAGAAAUACAUUAAUUUGAACAUGUCACUAUUUAUGCUUAUCUGUGAUAAGGUCCUCUCUUGGAAGCCGAUGCUAUUCGUUGACGACUUCGGUUUAAGUCUCAUCAAAUCCGCUGUACUGAGUUGUAACACAAUGCCUCACUUAACACGAUACUUGGUCCAAUGCGUACGGACCGUGACGCGCAGUGCGACGUACAAACCGACAAACGAAUACGUGUUCACUGAGGUGGACGCCCUGGGCGACAGUCUUGUGACUGCGUGCGCACGCGCAGGCGACGAGUACGCAAACGUGCUCGCGGAACUCGUGCAUCGCGAGGAUGGUGACCAGCCGCUGUUCAACGUGCACCAAGCCAACACCGAUGGCUACACCGCGCUGCACGUGUGCUGCGGCGAGCACAACGCGCGUACGCCCCGAGCGCACACACUUCACGUGCUCCUUAAGCACGCGGGGGCCGACCUGUGGCGUGGGGACAUAAAAGGCGGCGACACACCUCUUCAUCUAGCUGUCAAUUCAGCAAACUGUGAUUUGACCAUCAUAAUGAUACUGUUCCAACAUAUCGAUAGGAAGGAAUGGAGAAAAUUGGCACAUACACAGAAUCGAAGCUCCGUAAAUGCAUUAGAAUACGCCAGAUCAGCAAUCAAGUCGCGGCAAAACUAUCCCGUCGAAGUUUUAGAUUUUCUCAAGAAAUGCCGUUAAAAUGAUUUUAUAACGAAAAAUAACUUGAAAAUAAAUUUGUUACGAAAUUAAAUGGUCUUAUUCAUAGAAUUCGAAUAAAUUCAGAACAUGUCAUAAAUUAUUUGUCAUUGAUCAUUGAUGACAUUUUAUUUAAAGCAAAAUGGCGCGCUGUCAAUUUUUUUCGUUUUAAAAUUUGAUAAAAUGUUAUAUUUAGUAAAUUAAAAUAUAAUUAUUAAAUAUAAAUUUUAGGUUUUUAAAUUAUUUUAAAAACAAUUAAAUUCGACAGAAACAAAUGUUUUUUGUAUUUUUUAUUUUAUUUUACUGACUGAUGAGUCAGAUAUAAAACCUUUACUGCAACUUUUUAAUUGUAUAACUAUUGAAAUACAUAGCCGCAAUACUAUCUGCUAAGAUUUUUAUAAAUCUUAUAAGAAUUAUCAAUAAAUAUGGUAAGUUUUUAGUUAUUAAUUUGGGUAGAUAAUUGUUUUUACAAUAAACAAUAAUUUUCUUAUAAAAUAUAUUACAUAAUAACAUUGAAAAUUCGACAUAAAUUUGAUCUCUUAGUUUUGUUUUGAUCUGAUACAUAAUUACUCUUGUAUAUAUAAUAUAUUUGAUAUUGAUAACGAUUACAACAGAAGUUUUGUUUAUUCAGUGUUGCCAGUUAAAUUUGAUAUUUAAAACUUAUUAGUCAGUUCACAUCAAAUUGUCAGGAAUUUAAAAAAAAAUCUAAAAUAGACAAAGAUUAAUUAUAAUACAACCUGUUUUAAAAUUAAUUGUGAUUCGACAUUAUUAUUGAUUCCACCGACAUUUUGUUAUGGCGCUUUGGCGGGUAGAUGUAUAAAUAAUAAAAUGAUAACGCGUGCAACUUUUUUUUAAGUUUUGAAAUCUUUCAUAGCAAAGUUACACAGUUGGUUUUUUUAUGCACUGGAGUUGCAGAAAUUAUUAUUUUAUGUUUAUAAAUCAGACCGUUUUGUAUGUAUUUUAAGAUAAGAUUUAAAAGUUGUAAAUAUUUUUAUAAUUAUCAUAAAAUUUGUAAGUUAGUUUUCUAAAAAACCUUUUUCGAAAACAAUAAAGUUUUCUUAAUAAAUAAUUUUUAUAAAUGUUAAUUAUUGUUAAUGUAUAAUAAUACUUUUAGAUUUAUUGGUAACAUUUUGGCGCCAUUUUUUGCGUCAGUGACAUUUUUUCUCUAUGGAAUAAUAUUAUUUUUUUAAUAAGUACUUUUAACUAGUCCCGAAUAAACAUUUAAAUAUUUUAAUAUAAAUAUACAAUAACAAAUCAGGAAGCGAUACACACAUAGCUUAAUAUUUCUUAGCAGACGUUUUUUAAAGACCAGUUUCGUUUUCAAUUUGAUCCUAAUUAUGUAUUUUUGUCACAAUAUUUAUAUUGAAAAUAAAAUACAUUAGUGUUUUAAUUAUUUUUAAUGAUUUGCAUCUUCUGUUCUAUGACAAUAAAUAUUUUGUUUAUAUAA